AUGUACUGGAAAGCGUCUUACCAGAAAGCCGAGUCAGAACGCUUGAGCCUACUCAAUGAGUUGACUCAGCUGAAGCAAGAACGAGAUUUGGCACUUCAGCCUCAUCAAGAUGCUCAGCAUUCGAAAGGAAAAACCACGACUCGCAAACGCAAGCGGGAUACAUCAGCGCACAUAACGAACCAGAAGAAUAAGAGUCAUCACGACCUCGACCCCUAUCUCGAAUGCGACGAUAUCAACCUGGACUUUAGCAAUCUCAACACGCCGAGUACUGUGUGCUGA